AUGUUAAUUGGUUUACCUGUCAAAAUUAUUAAGCAACUCCCAAGUAUUAAUAAGGGUAGGAAAGCAUUAUCUGCAUAUAACAUGCGUGUUCCAAGGAAAUGUAACGAGAGAUGUUAUAUAAAUCGUAUACUGCAUGUACUCGUGAAAAAGCAUGUUGUUCAACUCAACAAGUUUGACUACAGGCUUGCAAACAGGUUAGAUACUGAGUAUCAGAAGUUGAGAUGCAAAGUUAAUUACCAAGCUCUAAGAUUUACUGAUCCAAUACAAGAAAUGGGUGAAAAAUUGGUCAAGCGGAUGAGGAUGAGAAAGAAACCUUACAUUGCAUUGCAUUUGAGAUUUGAACCUGAUAUGCUUGCAUUUUCUGGAUGUGACUAUGGUGGAGGAGAGAAGGAGCAGAAAGAACUGAGCACAAUAAGGAGGAUUUGCACUGGAAUCGAUGCUGAUGUUGAUUCCUUUUCUACCAAACCUAAAGGUCAUCCAACUGCAUUUGUUGCUGCUCUGCCAAAGGGUCUUGGUAUGAAGCUUGGUAAAUCUCAAAAGACAAAUCAGUUUUUGGAAUCAUUGAUAGUAGAGGGUGAAGUCAUUCUUUAA